UUGUCUACCACCAAUCAAUUCAAAAUCAACAAUAUGCAGAACCUCACAAGUACAAGCAGUACCCACAAACGUCUUGACCUGACCAUUAUCUGACCCUGCUCGAGCCAAGUGGACCCAAUUCCCGACAUCCACACGCCGCUCGCGUUCCUCUCUGCCAUUGGUCAGGGAAUUAAUGACAAUAUUGCGUACUUAUUCCUUUGACCGUCUACGUAUGUACCUUCAAUUUAGCAAUAGACGUUCGACGAGUUGACGUCCGCGCGUGUCGGCUGUUCGCGCUAAUUUGAUUUGAAUUUCGAAAACUUUCCAACUGAUAUCCGUUUAGCGGGUAAUUUGAAUUAAUUCUUUUUUCGUUUGUUGCAAAAAUGGUGGACUAAUGGUUUUUUUGAAAGACGGGGACGGUAGAGGUGAAAUUUUUUAUGUGUGUUUCGCCAAUAUGGCUUUGUAGAAAAAACUGUGAUGAGAUAUUCGGUGCCCCCGAAUGUUAUAUUUUUUAUGUGUUAUCAAGGACUCGAUUUAAAGGAGCCGUAGUACACCGCCCCGCCAAAAGGCCAAGCACUACACGAAGAAUCGAGAGGUUCACCAAUCGCGAACUGUGCCACAUGGAGCCCACCCUCACUCACCCAACAUAUCUGAUCGGAAACCGCUUCACCAAGAAAACCUUCCCGGGACAGCCCCAAGAGUACCACCACUGCCGAGCUAAUACCAAUAUGCUCCUAAAAAUAGAAAACCAACUCCUGCAAAGCCACCGCCAAAGAGAAACGACCGGCAUUAAAAAGUUAUACAAUUCCUUCUUCGUUCUAUUCUAA